AAGAUAAAAUAAGAGUGCUUGUUUAAAUGAGAUUAAGAGAUUACAAUGUUUAUGCAGAUUACUUUAUAAACCGGAUUGAGAGAGAGGUACAGAAUCUCUGUCUAUUUUCACAGGUGGAGGAGACCUCAUCGUAAGCGGAAACAAUGCCGGUCAUAAAUGUAGAAGAACUGACAGAUCUGGAUAAGGCUAAAAUGGAAGUAACCCAGCUCAAAACUGAGGUGAAGCUUGAAAGGGCGAAGGUGUCCAAAUGCUGUGAAGAGAUUUCAGAGUACAUUCAGAGCGGAGCAGAUGAGGAUCCUUUGGUCAAAGGCAUUCCAGAGGAGAAGAACCCAUUCAAGGAGAAAGGUGGCUGUGUCAUUUGCUAAUGUGGACAGAGAAACCCCCGACUCUUGCAGUUUAGUGUUCAUUGCUGCCCAUGGACACCUGCUAACAUUUAAUAAUAGCUGGAAUCACUCUGCUACCUGAAAAAGGACAAUCACAAAUAUGGAUAGAUGUUCAAUUAACUCUAAAUGGCUUUUUCUCCCUUGUAAAUGAGUCCACAGGAUCUGGACCCUCAUAUGUUGUGUAUUCCUCUUUGAAGAGCUCUAAUAAAUCAGACUACCACUGUGCACUGAUCA